AUGAACCGAUCUCCUCAAAAUAUACCUCCAAUAAAUUGUGGAGUAACAAAUUAUGAAACAACUAGGCAAAGUACACUUGAUGGCAUUGUUGAAGUUAGAAAAAAAGUGUACAAUGUUGAUAUUGAUAAACAAACUUUAAUUGAUGGAUGUAUUAUGCUGGUGACAGAUAACGGACGACCACUGUCAAUUCUAUCCGAUUGUGGACUACGGACCAUUAUCGACCCUAUUAUAAAAGAAAUUGGAUCAACGUUGAGUAAAAAACUAGUUUUUUUAAAGAUUGACUGUGUAACACGUUUGAACAGAAGUAUAAUUGGGAUCAACUGUCAAUUUAUUAAUGAUGGAAAAAUCAAAAUUGUGACUCUGGGAAUGGCGGAAUUAUUAGAUAGACAUACUGGACAUUAUUUAAAACAGCAAGUAUUACUUGUAAUGGAAAGAUACAAAAUAAGUCCUGCACAAAUAUACUCCAUAAUUUGUGAUAAUGCAAAAAACAUGGUGAAAAUUGACUUAUUCAAUAAAAAUUCUGAAAAUAAUGAUGAACCAGUUGAUGAUACUGAUGAAAAAAAUAUUUCCAACCGGGAAGACAACGAUGAUGUUUUAUUACAAAAUAUUCAAGAUAUGAUAAGUACAUCAGAUAUUGAGAUGGGACCAUUAACCACAUGUAUGAGAUGUGCAGCAGUGAAAAUUUUAAGAACACAAACAUACGCAACCUGGUUGAAAAGGGAAGGAUUAAAGCAGGCAAUUUUGGACAUUGAAACUAGGUGGAAUAGUACAUUCAAUAUGUUGUACAGACUUAUAGAACUCAAACAAUUUUGUGUGACUAAUGAACAAAUAAUCUUAUCUUCUAAUGAUUGGAAUUUGGUUGGAAAGAUAUUAACUCCUGGUGAUGUAUAUGGUAUUUGGUUAAAGACUCAAAUGUCUUUAUCAAAGAUAAAUAUUCCACUCUCAAAAACAUCAAUAAAAAAUAUGGCUGAACGACAAAAACACAUUUUUAUGAAUCCUGUAUUUGAAUCAGCAAUUUAUCUUGAUCCACGCUAUCAACAUUUAAUGUCUGUUACAUCAAAAACCAACACUGUACUUCAUUUAGUGAAUACUUAUAAUUUAAUGAAAAACAUAAAAAAUAAUAAUGAUACAGACGAUACAGUCCAAGACCAAGAUACUGAUGAAUCUACAACAGAAAUUAGUGAAACUACUAAUGAAAAUAUAGAAACAGGAUUGGAGGAAAAUGAUCCUAAUAGUUUUCAAUUAUACUUGCAAUCACUAUCACAAGGUGUACCUUCAUCAUCUCAAUCUUCUUCAUCUAACACAGAUACUGUUUCUAUUUCAAUCUCGUCACUCCUGAAUUUAUAUUUCAACCAACCUAUACUACCACAUACAGAAACUAUUUUGUCUUACUGGGAAAGUAAAAAGUUUGAAUGCCCUGAACUGUAUGCUCUUUCUCAUGGGGUUAUAGCUUUUCCUACAACACAGGUAUCAGUAGAACGCUCAUUUUCGUCUCUCAAGUUUGUGUUUAGAGAUUUAAGAUCCAGAUUGGGCUCAGAACUACUGGAGAAAAUAAUGUUGAUACGAGCAAAUAAAUAA